UAGUAGGACAUGGUUUGCAGCUGAUUUGAACGUUGCAGCUCUAUCAUCAUCACUCUCUUGUUCGUAAACUGACCAACUAGCCGGCCGUGUUCUUCCCAAGAAGACCCGUGCCGGCGUUCCGGCCAGGCGGCUAUGGCUAGCAAAGACGAGCAGCAGCCGCCGCCGCCGCACAUCCUCUUCUUCCCGUUCCUCGCUCGGGGCCACCUGAUCCCGAUCGCCGACAUGGCCGCGCUCUUCGCGGCCCACGGCGCCAGAUGCACCAUCCUCACCACGCCCGUCAACGCCGCCAUCAUCCGCCCCGCCGUCGACCGCGCAAACGCAAACGCCAACAAUCCCCGUGUGGCGAUCUCCAUCUCCAUCUCCGUGGUGCCCUUCCCCGACGUGGGGCUCCCUCCGGGCGUCGAGAACGGCAGCGCCCUCAAGACCCCGGCCGACCGCGACAGCUUCUUCCGCGCGAUCCAGCUGCUCCGCGACCCCUUCGACCGGUUCCUGUCCGAGACCCACCCGGCCCCGGACGCCGUCGUCGCCGACAGCCACUUCCAGUGGUCCGUGGACGCCGCGGCGGCGCACGGCGUCCCCAGGCUCGCGUUCCUCGGCACCAGCAUGUUCGCGCGGGCGUGCACCGACGUCAUGCUGCGCACCAACCCGAUGGAACAACAUCAGCCGCCGUCGUCUUCUUCUUCUUCUUGCCCCGAUGACGAUGAUGACGACCCUGACGCCAUGGUUUCCCUGGCGGGGCUGCCGCACCGGGUGGAGCUGAGGCGGAGCCAGAUGGUGGACCCGCGGAAGCAGCCGGGGUCGUUCGCCUUCUUCAAGACCGUCAACGCCGAGGACCAGCGGAGCUUCGGCGAGGUCUUCAACAGCUUCCACGAGUUGGAGCCGGACUACGUCGAGCACUACCAGGCCACGCUCGGCCGCCGCGUCUGGCUCGUCGGCCCUGUCGCGCCGGCACCGGCACCCGGGGCACCUGACGCAGACGGAUGCCUGCGUUGGCUCGACAGUAAGCCGGCAGGAUCCGUGGUGUACGUCUCAUUCGGCACGCUGUCGAGCUUCGCGCCGGAGGAGUUACGGGAGCUUGCCCGCGGCCUGGACAUCUCGGGGAAGAGCUUCGUGUGGGUCGUCACGGGCGCAUCGGAUGAUGAGCAGUGGAUGCCGGAAGGGUUCGCGGAGCUAAUGGCGCGAGGGGAAAGGGGGAUCAUCGUCCGGGGCUGGGCGCCGCAGGUGGCGAUCCUGAACCACGGGGCGCUGGGGGGGUUCGUGACGCACUGCGGCUGGAACUCGGUGCUGGAGGCCGUGAGCGCCGGCGUGCCCAUGGUCACGUGGCCGCGCUUCGGCGACCAGUUCUUCAACGAGAAGCUCGUGGUGGAGAUGCUCGGGGCCGGGCUCAGCGUCGGGGCCAGGGACUACGCGUCAUUCAUCGCGGAGACGCAUCGGGUCAUCGAUGGCGAAGUGAUCGCCGCAGCCAUCCGGGGAGUGAUGAACGAUGUUGGCGACGGCUACGCGAUACGGAGGAAGGCUAUGGAGCUCGGCGUGAAAGCCAGGGCAGCGGUGGAGCACGGCGGGUCGUCCUACGGUGACGUCGGACGGCUCAUGGAAGAGUUGAUGGCUCGCCGCGCGUAGCUUGCAUUCCAUUGGGGAUGCUUGAAUGGAUGGAUUUGUAUGAACUGUUAACUGAAACUGGGAUCAUUGCUGUUGCUUCCUUUUUUUUUA